ACCAAUCCAAUCUAGUCUAUCGAAGGUCACUGUAUGAACUAAUCUAAUUUCUAUCAUUGAUAUAUAGUUUAGUUAGACGGCAAUGUGCCAAUAUUAUGGUUUCUCGGAAUCCAAGACCAUUUAGCGACAUUUAGCAGCUAGUCUAGCGCAUUACAAACAAACAAACAAGUUAGCCUACAUGAACACGAUCUGUGAUUAGGGGCGGGCUUGCGCUAGAUCUAUCCAUUUGACUGGAGUUUAGUUUUGGAGGUAGACUACUGUAAACUGAGGAGGAGAAUAACAGCUAAGCGGUUUGAAAAUUAGAAAAGUCAAGUAGAAUGGCUGCUGUAGAAAAAAGAAGUUUAAGUGAUGACAUUGAAGCAUCACCUGCCAAAGUUCAAAAAUAUGAUGCCACUUCCACAUUGCCAUCAACAAAAUUAAAAGCACGGGCAAAUGAGUUAGGAUUAUCCUUCACUGGCUUAGAAUUUGCCAAAAGAAUGGAUGAUGAUGACCCAUUGCAACAUUUCCGUAACAAGUUCAUCUAUCCUCUAAAUGAGGAUUUGCCUAGCUUUGAUCCAAGUCUCAUUAGGGGAGAUGAUGAAUGUGUGUAUCUCUGUGGCAAUUCACUAGGACUGCAGCCCAAGGAAGCCAAACAAUGUGUCAACAGAGAGCUGGACAAAUGGGGCAAAAUCGGCCUACAUGGUCAUUUUAAAGGGGAAAUGCCUUGGGCAUUCGCUGAUGAAUGCGUUGAUGAACUGUCAGCAAAGGUUGUGGGUGCAAAAAGAGAAGAGGUUGCAAUCAUGAAUGGCUUAACUGUAAAUCUUCAUCUUCUACUUGUCUCAUUUUAUCGUCCCACUGCUAAACGACACAAAGUGCUACUUGAAAGCAGAGCAUUCCCUUCUGACCAUUAUGCCAUUGAAUCACAAAUUCGUUUACAUGGAUAUGACCCUGCAACCAGUAUGGUAUGCCUUGAACCUAGAGAGGGUGAACACAUACUGCGCACAGAAGACAUCUUAGCUCGUAUUGCCUCAGAGGGGGAUGAGAUAGCCUGUGUAUUAUUCAGUGGGAUACAGUACUACACGGGACAAGUGUUUGAUAUGCCUGCUAUUACUAAAGCUGGCCAUGAAAAAGGCUGUUAUGUUGGCUUUGACCUCGCCCAUGCUGUUGGCAACAUAGAGUUACAGCUACAUGACUGGGAUGUUGACUUUGCAUGCUGGUGCACUUACAAGUACCUGAACACAGGGGCAGGUGGUAUAGCAGGGGCAUUUAUUCACAAGAAACAUGCCAAGAAUGACUUCCCAAAGCUGUCAGGCUGGUGGGGUCACAAAAUGGACACACGAUUCAACAUGGACAACAAAAUGGAUUUAGCAAAUGGUGCACAUGGAUACCGUGUUAGUAACCCACCACCCCUUCUCUGUGCUACACUAGAGGCUAGUCUGAAGGUGUUCAAUGAAACUAGUAUGAGCGCUCUACGUGAGAAGUCUAAGCUACUCACAGCAUACCUUGAGAUGCUAUUGGAUGAGCACUACCCCCGUCCAACUCCUGCUAACCCUCACUCCCGCCCCUAUGCGGAGGUCAUCAGCCCCAGGGAUCCUGACCAGAGAGGUUGUCAGCUUUCUAUCAUGUUCUCUGUGUCUUUAAAGAAUGUCUACACCGAAUUGGAGAAAAGAGGCGUUGUGUGUGAUGUUCGUAAGCCAUAUGUGAUACGUAUAGCCCCAGCCCCACUGUACAACUCAUUCAAAGAUGUACACAGAUUUGUGCAGCUACUUGGCGACAGCCUAGUUGCUGCCCAUGUAAAUUCUACCACAGAAGGCGUGUAACAUUUAAAUGUUGUGCAGCUAUUA